GGUUGUGAGUUUAUUCGUCAACCAUUUACUGUAUAUCCCAACCACAAAGGAAGAUACCGAGAAGUUGGGGACUUCUCUUCUCACCAAGUUUUGUGUAACUGAGUUCCAUGCUCGAACCAAUUCAGGAGGCGUAGUUCGUUUCACGAUCAGCAACGGAUCUGACGUCUUUUUUUUGGUGUGAGUGUGCGAAGUAACGUGACUUCGUCUGAACAUAAUUUACUUUCUUUCAAAAAUUUAAUUUUAAUAAGAUGGCGUGCGGAGGAAAUGGCAGUUCAGAUGAAAGAAUCGGAGAAGCCCUCAUAAAAGAGAUCAUAGAAGAAGAGCUAAGGGAUGUGCCCUCAGACGACAUCCCUCCUCUCACUCCACUGACUGUGAAAGUAAAUAGUAGUGAGGAACAGAAAAUUGUGACCCAGUUGGGCAAAAUGAUCCGAAUUAUUGGUGACCGGGUCAAAGAUGAUAAGGAGUUCCAAGAUGCAAUUGAUGGUGUGGCUUGUGUGGAAGGAUCCAAGUGGGACAAAUUCAAGGCAGUGGCUGACAAAGUUUUUGAACAUGGCAUCACCUGGGAGAGAAUAGCUGUGCUCUUCUAUGUUGCAGGGAAACUAGCAGUGAAGAUGGUGGAGGCUCAUCUGCCACAGUCAGUGAGGGAGAUCCUGAUUUGGACUGUAGAUUUCUUCCGGAAAAAUCUACUGAGCUGGAUUCGGGAACAUGGUGGAUGGAUCAGCAGUUUCUCUGAGCUGGCAACAACCUCCAUGCAGACUGUGGGAUUGGACUCCCAAAACUAUAUCCUCAUCAUCAUCUUCUGUGCUGGCUUGGCUCUAGGAAGUUUGAUUACCUGGAAACUGACCAGAUGCUGCUAAAGACUCACAUACAACAUGUUAAUUACCCAGUUAACCAGUUACCACAAUUGUACUUCGUUUGUUUUUUGAGGAUUUUAUGUGUCAAUUUAAAAAUAUUUUGGUUCCACUAUGUUAAAUAUAGUACUUUGGUAUUUUCA